AUGGGAUUAUCUUUAACUAAGCCAUUAAAUACAACUGAGGAAAAUAAAACGUGUGCAAAAAAAAAGAAAAUAUGUUGUGUAUGCUUAGAUACAAAAAAAUUAAGAGAUGAAUGUAUUGUUAAUUUAGGAGAAGAAAAAUGCAAAAAAUAUAUUGAUGAACAUAAUCAAUGCCUACGAAAUGAAGGGUUUGACAUCAAAUAA